AACUCCUCCGCCAGCCUCCGGCCCGGGCCCCUGCCCCUGCCCCUGCUCCUGCUCCUCCUCAUCUUCAUCAUCAUCGUCGCAGAUUCGCGUGCAGUGCCAUCGUCGUCUGCAGCAGCCUCGAUUGCCGAUUGCCCUCGCUCGAGGAGGAAUUCGGGAGAGGGAUUGAACGAGAGGACGGAGAAGAGAGCAAAGCAGAGGAGUGCAGAGAAGUGGAGAGAGGAUCAGAGGAGAUUAGAGGAGAGGAGAGUCCUGGCUUUGAGAGGUCGAGGAAUGAGAACGUGCUGCCAGUCGGGAACUUGGAAGGGGAGAAGGCGCGGGGGCGGAGAGUGGCUUGCCAAUUUUCCGUGGCACGGAGCGCAAUUGAGCAAUUGAGAAUUUGAGCUCGGAGCUCUGUCUGAGCCGGUCGACACUCCGUGCUGUCUGUGCUUCCAGGCGCCAGUGUCCCACGCGUGAAUGUUGAUCGUUUCUCGUUGGGACGAGAGGGCGGAAAUUGGUGAGACGGGGCCUCUCCUGACGCGGCUGCAAGAAACCAAUUCGAACGAGUGCGCUCAUGGGAGGAUGCUAAGCGCAAGUCUGGUCUUCCUCCGCGCGCUGGUGCAGCUGAAGUAACAGUGGUCUUAAUUGAAUCGAGAGUUUGCGUUUUGCUUUGAGAAUUCUUUUGGGGGCCUACUCUAUGCGAUGCGGAAGAAAUGAGGUGUGCGGCGAGGUAGAAUCUGAGAAAACAGCCGUAAAGCAUAGGUAGCUAGGAAAUAGUAUUUUAUUGGAGGAGAAGGACACACAGCUUCCGACUCCGGUGAACAUCGUAGCACUAGCCGAGGAAGGAAAACGAGAUUUGUGCGCCAAGUGAAAUCGAAGACCCGGAGGUCCGGGUGCGAUUCGUGAAGAAGAUGGUCGCCUUGCUGAGACGGGCUUUCAUAUCGAUGUGUCAUCGGAUACCCGUGUCGGCGCUGUUCGACGAGAUGGAUAUACAAUCUGAGGAGUCGGAUUGUACCAAGUUGUCAGGGGAUUUGCUUCUGUCGAUUUUUAGACGCCUUCCGGCAAGAGAUUUGGUGAUGGCGAGCCUCGUAUGCAAGACGUGGAACUUUGUCAGUAACGAUCAAGUCUUAUGGGAGUCACUGCUAGCAGAGGAAGCUGGUCCGAAACUUUGGCCAUCUCUCCUGUUCGCCGAGGGCCACCUUAGAACAGGAGGAGCUAUCAGAGAACCCUGCCUGCCCCUUCCUUUCCACGUGAUAUAUGGGGAGCGCUCGCGCGUUCCUCGGUCUGUCAUUAUCGAUGGUGGAUCUGGAUACUGUAAGUACGGAUGGAGCGAUCAGGAAAGACCUGAACAGCGAUUUGCAACAUUUCUGGAGUUUGGAAACAUCGAGUCACCAAUCUAUCCCCGUCUCAAAGAACUCUUCAUUACUUUGUUCCAGCGCAUGCAGGCCAAACCGAAUGCCCAACCUAUCGUUCUGACCGCCCCAAUCAGCCACUCGGAUAAUACCGAUGCUGCAUUGGCAGCAAGAAAGCAGUUGCGAGAAAUAACCCAUCUCGUACUUUUUGAAUUGGGGGUGCCGGCUAUCUGCUACGUGAAUCAGGCAGUUCUGGCGCUAUUUGCUGCGGAUCGGACGUCUGGAAUUGUAGUCAACAUGGGAUUUCAUGUUACAUCCGUCGUACCAAUUUUGCAUGGAAAGGUAAUGAGGAGUGUCGGUGUUGAAAUAGUUGGUCAAGGGGCCAUGCAGCUGACAGUACACUUGGGCGAGCUCAUGCAACAUAAUAUGCGACCCGCUGCUUCCAUGUACACUGUUCGCACUCUGAAAGAGAAUCUGUGUUAUGUUGCGGAAGAUUUUGAAGAGGAAUUGAACAAAGCAGAUGUUCAAGCAUCUUUUGGAGUCCACCAAGAGGGCACAUUCACGCUCGAAGACGAGCGCUUUAGAGCUCCGGAGAUAUUGUUCCAACCUCGUCUUGGACGCUUGCGAACCAUGAGUUUGCAGCAGGCUGUUGCAUUGUGCAUGGAGCACUCCGCAACGUUGCCUGUCAAGCACAAGAGUGAUGAGAAUUGGUUCAAGACGGUUGUUCUUUCUGGUGGCACAGCCUGUCUUCCAGGUCUAGCUGGAAGGUUAAAGAAGGAAGUUUGCAAGGCUCUCUCGUCUUCUUCAUUGGCCGACGGUCUAGAAGUGCUCCCUCCGAAACAAGGACCAGAUUCUGCUUGGUGUGGCGCGAAAUUAAUAAGCAAUGUUAGUACAUUUCCGGAAGCUUGGUGUCUAACGAAAAAGAAGUACAAGAGGUACGGACCCGCAUCCGUGCAUUCGAUGGCUCUUGAGGAGGAUACUCCUCCAGGCGACACAUCUUUUCCUUUCUUGGCGAAGAAAUCCUGGUAGAAAUUAAUUUCUUCGAAGACCUUGUUUGUCAUCAAACAAGAAAUGACCAGAUUUUGUACACUGUAUAAAGUAUCGCCUAGGUGGUGAGGUUUCAUCAUGUCGCGAAUCUCACCAUAUAACGAAAACCGAGAACCUUAACCCGAGUAAGUUCCAUGGAAUCUCGAUCUUAGUUCUCAAGUACAUAGCUUCUUGAAUCAAAGACAUCCCAGUGAUUGCUCACUACACAUGAAAAACACUGUAUAUUUUGACAUUUCUCCGAAGCACAAGAAAUGCCCGAGUUGAAAUGUCUCACCGGAGGUGAAAAUGGCCUCUGGGUGUAGAUUCAGUCACAGCAUGCAGAUCCAUCUUCAUUGGAUAAGGAAUUUACCAACAUACAUAUCUCUGUCCAAGAGUGGUCUAUACAUAUAAUAGAUUGUCAUGAGUGAAUCGCAAUUCACCAAUCCGGGUUGCAUCCGUCCACUCUGAAAGCUUGUCAGUUUAUACGUUCGACGGCAAAGUUCAGGUCGAGUCCCCAGCAUCGGAUGAUAGUUCCGCACCUCUGGUGGAUAGACGAACAUGCCGUCAGAGGGACACGGUCGUGGACAUUGUAUACUGGUCAGGAAGUUUUGUCGGCUUUACCUCGCUUCUUCUACCCCGUUCAAUUUGUCCCAUAGUGAACAUACUUUACGGGAGACCUCGAACUCUGAUUCGCCGAAUUCUGUGUCAUGUGAUUACCACCAAAGCCGAAAGUGAAGAUAGAGACCAGAACAAGCCCUGUGUAAAAUCCUCAAGCUAUCAGAAAGGUCUGCCGAAGAUAGUGCCCAUAUCGUAGGAUCUUCCCGUAUGCUGUCAGUGUUCAGUGGAUUUGGAAUAGCCAUUCGCCGUACGAUCACGUCCUGGACGCCAUCUGUCAUCGUCGCGAUUUGUAUCGAUCUUUCAGGGACUUAGCAUAUGUGUAAUAUACGAAAGCCUUUGGCGAUGC